AUGGUAAAUCUUGCCAACUUGCCAAAUGGAGAGCAAUCCAUAUCACUAGGUGAUGUUACAUGGAGGAAGACAGGCGAGGCCUUGGAUGAACUGAAGAAAAAUCUGAAUGAUCCGAACGGCGUUCUUCAGAGUUGGGAUCCUGUCAAUAUGACCCCGUGCGAUUUUUUUCGUGUUACAUGCAACAGUAACCAUAGUGUUAUUAGAGUUGAUCUUGGCAAUGCAAAUUUAUCUGGUAAACUGGUUCCACGGCUUGCUCAACUACAAUAUUUAGAGUACUUGGAGCUGUAUAAUAACAAUAUUAGUGGAAGAAUUCCAUAUGAACUUGGAAACUUAACAAACUUGGUGGGCUUGGAUUUGUAUAUGAACAACCUAGAUGGCCCAAUCCCUGACACAUUGGGCGAGGCCUUGGAUGAACUGAAGAAAAAUCUGAAUGAUCCGAACGGCGUUCUUCGGAGUUGGGAUCCUGUCAAUAUGACCCCGUGCGAUUUUUUUCGUGUUACAUGCAACAGUAACCAAAGUGUUAUUAGAGUUGAUCUUGGCAAUGCAAAUUUAUCUGGUAAACUGGUUCCACGGCUUGCUCAACUACAAUAUUUAGAGUACUUGGAGCUGUAUAAUAACAAUAUUAGUGGAAGAAUUCCAUAUGAACUUGGAAACUUAACAAACUUGGUGGGCUUGGAUUUGUAUAUGAACAACCUAGAUGGCCCAAUCCCUGACACAUUGGGCAAGCUUCAGAAACUUCGUCUCCUGAGGCUAAACAAUAACAGUUUGACUGGAGAAAUUCCCAUGUCUCUGACCACUGUCAAUACACUUCAAGUUCUCGAUCUUUCAAAUAACCAGCUAACAGGAAAAAUACCGGUCAAUGGUUCCUUUCAACUUUUCACUCCUAUCAGUUUUACCAAUAAUAGCUUGGAACCUGUUCCCAUAUCUCCACCACCUCAAUUUCAACCGUCAAAGCCAUAUCCUUCUGGAGUUGGGAACAGUGCUACUGCUCCCAUUGCUGGAGGGGUUGCUGCAGGAGCGGCCCUUCUCAUGGCUGUUCCUGUCAUUGCACUUGCUUUGUAUCGACAAAGGAAGCCACAAGAUCAUUUCAUUGAUGUUCCAGCUGAGGAGGAUCCAGAAGUUCAUCUGGGACAACUAAAGAGGUUUUCCCUGCAUGAACUACAAGUUGCAACAGAUAACUUUAGCAACAAUAACAUUCUUGGCAGAGGUGGAUUUGGUAAGGUUUAUAAAGGCCGAUUAGCAGAUGGCUCUCUAGUGGCGGUAAAAAGGUUAAAGGAAGAACGCACUCAAGGUGGAGAGAUGCAGUUCCAAACAGAAGUGGAAAUGAUCAGCAUGGCAGUGCAUCGAAAUCUACUUCGCUUACGUGGCUUUUGCAUGACACCAACGGAACGGGUACUUGUUUAUCCUUAUAUGGCUAAUGGAAGUGUUGCAUCGUGCUUGAGAGAGCGACCUGAAUCGCAACCUCCACUUGAUUGGUCAAUAAGAAAACAUAUAGCAUUGGGAGCUGCGAAGGGACUUGCUUAUUUGCACGAUCAAUGUGACCCAAAGAUUAUUCAUCGUGAUGUCAAAGCCGCAAACAUAUUGCUGGAUGAGGACUUUGAAGCCGUUGUUGGCGAUUUUGGGUUGGCAAAAAUUAUGGACUACAAGGAUACUCAUGUUGUCACUGCUGUGCGCGGCACAAUUGGUCAUAUAGCUCCUGAAUACCUAUCCACUGGUAGAUCUUCAGAGAAAGCUGAUGUUUUUGGGUAUGGGGUCAUGCUUCUUGAGCUCAUCACUGGGCAGAGAGCUUUUGAUCUUGCUCGGCUUGCCAGUGACGAUGAUGUGAUGUUACUUGACUGGGUUAAGGGACAUCUAAAGGAGAAAAAAUUUGAAACAUUUGUAGACGCGGAUCUUCAGGGUAAUUAUAUCGAGGACGAGGUGGGGCAGCUAAUCCAGGUAGCUUUGCUCUGCACACGAAAAACUCCUACGAAACGCCCCAAGAUGUCUGAUGUCGUCGGCAUGCUCAAAGGUGAUGGCUUGGCCGAGUGGUGGGAAGAGUGGCAAAACGAAGAAAUGAUCCGUCAAGAAUUGGGUCACACCCAGCAGCCUAAUACUGAGCUGAUUAUAGUCAACACCACUUACAAUAUCCAAGACGAUGUAUUGUCUGGGCCAAGAUAACCAUGGGUUCUAAUGCACGAGAUUCUUUUCUCCAACCAGCUAGAAAGAGUAGAGGCUGUCGAGGAGGGCUUCUCGCGUGUUUGUAUAUGACUUUCUUUCGUUCUUUUUCAAUUUAAAAUUUUGUUAGGUCCAGUUUAUAUGGUUGUAUAUGAUUAUUUCAAGGGAGAAGAGGCUGUAGAAGCACUGAUGUAUUUUACUUUCACCAUUGUAAUUCUUUUUUAAUGUACUGAAUAGUUGAUGUUGUCCAAAAAACAAAUAGAGUUUUUAAUCAUAAAGAAAUGAAUUUUUAUUCUCAGAA